AUGGGCGAUCGCAACCCUCGACUCGAGCCCCCUCAUGGGCCCAUUAUGAUAUCCAUGCAGCGUUCUCUUGAGUCGCCCGUCGCUAUUCGCCCGACACCGUCUCGGUCGAAUACUGCAACGCCUGCUUCACGCUCACCCACCCCGACCCCGUCCGACAACCAUGUCGAGAUCUCCCAUUCGAGGCGCAAUAGGUCCAGAAGCCCGUCCCGUUUGGCAAGAGAUACCAUGACGUCCUCUGUGCGGCGCUCCGAUGACCUGUCCAGGCGCUCGUCUGUUCAGAAGCCCAUCAUCGACCAGGCCACCGCACCUGUGCCGAUGCAGCCGCCCCACGACUCCUCCGACAGCUUGGACUCGGGACCGGACGACAAGCUUGGGAAGAUGAACUUUUUACGGCCCUUGCUGAAGGAUACAUCUAUCUAUACCACCCCCUCUCUGGCCCCGGUGGAGGACAGGACCACUUUGGAGGAGCUAGCUCACCUGGUGCGCCUAUCCAAGUACCAAGAGCGCAAGCGCGCAAACACUCGCAUCCGUCUUCAGAGAAGCUUGAUUUCCACCGCCUUGUCUGCUCGUCUGAUGAGAUGUGGCGAGGCGGCCCACAGAACCUUGGUGGACAGCUUCCGCGGGGACGACAAGAAGGGCUUUGCUGCUCUUUUCAAUGCCGUCAUCGAUGUUCGGAAAAGCUGCGACGAAACCCGCCGCUAUGCAUUAUUGGAGCCAGAGAUGGAGCUUCUGCAGUCCCCUGGCUUGACUUCAUCUGACAGCUUGGACACUCCUACAGGAUCGGUCUCUGGUGCUAAACCUGCCUCUGGAACCUCCAGUCCGUUUUUGAGCGAGCUCUCUGCGUCCGCUAGAGAGACGUUUUUGACUUUCUUGAACCAGAUCAGGACGAACCCCGACUACCUGGCAACGCGCAUCUCAUCGUUGAAUAGUUCGGAGCUCACUGCGCUUACUAGCUUUCACCAAGCCCUGGAGCCCAUCGAAUCCGUCCUCCCGUAUCACGGCAGCCGCACGUCCACCCGUGUUGCCUCGGGUGGCUCAGGUACCCUGUCCGGUUCGGGAUUUGGAGCAUCCAACGGCCUGGGCAAGGAGCGCAGUGCCAUAGAACGACUUCUUUCCUUCCAGCGACACGACCCCAUCUCAGCUCUGAUUUACACCUGUUUUGCUAAUUCCGCAGGACCAGACAGCGCCGAAGACAAACGCCGAACCGAAACAUGGGCCACCACGUGCGCUCGAUUGAUCUCAGGCCAGAAGACGGGGAGUGAACAGACCGUCACUGCCGUGCUCAAUGUUUGGAUCUCUUUGCGUGACUGGGCCGGAAAAUCCAACAUGGAAUGGUACCUUAUGAAAAUCCUCGAGGAUGGAGCCUUUUUGCUCGACCGCGCCGAAGACCAGCACGGAACCCGGUUCAACAUCUCGGAUUGGUCUUCCAAAGACCAGAUUGCGGCCGAGGAAUUCUAUGCCAGAGCUGUCGAGGAGCUUUUCGAGGUUAUUGAUGACGAGGAUACGACCGGCAUUCCGGAGGGGCUGAUCGAGCUCGGCACAGAAAUGCUGAAGCGUCUGGACAAGAAGUAUGUCGAAAGCACCCGCCGCUGGUUGAUUACCAAAUAUCUCUUUACGAACUGGUUGCUCGGGGUCAUUAUUCACCCCGAAGCCUAUGGCAUGAUGGCCGAAUAUCACAUUACUGAAUAUGGCCGGCAAAAGAUCUUGAAAACCGUGGCCAUGCACGCCCAGAAGUUUGUCGUGGACAUGCUGACGAGCAAAACCCCUGUUUCAACACCGCCAAAGAUUAAAAAACAUAUCGAAAACAUUUACCUCCGGUUCAAGGACUCCUCCAAGUUCAAGAAGAAGCCACGCCUUUUGCCUGCCAGGUCCAUCACCUCUCUAAGAGAGACAGCCGAAGUUCACCCCCAUUUGGUUGUUAGUCCAGCUGACCUUACGACAUUGAUCAACGCCCUCUUCCCCGAACGCAGACCGCGGUCAGCGCAUUCCGGUAGCUUGCGCUCAGGGGCACCUUCGGUCUCGGGCUUCUCAGCCAUCUCACAGCCAAUGUCGGUCAGGACGGCGCCAAGCACUAACUUUGACACCAUGUCUGUCAUCAGCACAAGUGCCGAGUCCUUCAUCAGCGAUGCCACGACUUCUCGAGAACCCCUUUUAGAAGAUGGCAGCCCACCGCGCUAUUCGCCCCCGAUUCCAGAUCUAGGCACCCCAAAGCAGCAGCCGCAGAACAGCAACUAUGAAGAAGACGGAUAUCGGCUUCGCUUGGCCAUACAUGAGAUGACCCAAGCCUUGGGCCAAGAUGUUGUGUAUGGCCUCUGCCACCCUUGUGCCGAACGGUGGGCGGUGCUGUUCAUCUCAGGCGACGGAACACAGCUUUCUACCCAAAUGACGUUUGAUCCAGAUGACGACCCGGAGGACGAGAACUCCUCAGAGACUAGCGACACCGAGGGUGAAGACACCGAAGAUGACCGACCAGAACUUGACAAGGACUAUCACCAGCUCCGAGAUUCGAUUCUGAAGCUUGUACAGGAAUAUGAGAUUCCUCAAAAUCUUGAAAAUGACGGUGCCAAGAAGCAAACAUUCAGCAAUCGUGCCUCAUCCACUUUGAAGAAGUACCGGUCCAAGAACCGGGUCAUCACAACAAUGGGCAGCCGAAACCCCUAUCGCCAGCGAGCAGCAAGUAUCGCCAGUAGCGUCGCAGACAGCCCGCCGGAGAACAACAAAGGGAAAGGACUCGAAGACUCAGCUGAUUCCUCGCCGCUCAUUGCCAUGUUGACAGCAGCCUGCUCGCAAUCUCGCGCCCAGUCGGAUUUCGUUUCUGCACACCUUUACUGGAGGACUUUGCAGCAACUCAACGCGCUGGGCUCUGACUCACUUCGUAAAGAUGGAUUUGCCACCUUGUUGAACAUCUUCUCGAGGGGUCCUCGUGAUUCGAUCCGUCGGUCAGCGGCGGCAAUCGAGAUAUAUGACGCCUGGCUUGUAUGGCUCAAGCAGAGCCAGGAGCGCGCAGAAGGUCUCAUUGAGAGUAUGAUGCGCCGCUUGCGUGCUCUCCGGGAUAAGAUGUGGUACGUUACAGACGUGCGCAACUCGGCUCCGUACGAGGACUCGCGGAACGUUGCCGUGGCGUUGAAGACGAUGGGCGUGCCUCGCAGGUGGAACUCCUUCCAGCGCAUCAAGAGUCUAAUGCAACGCGGCCCUGCGUCCAACUACAUCUUCCGCACCGAAUCGCAGAUCCUCGACCUGCUGGCGGCACCAGAGGACCAAGGCGGCCCCAACAAGCUUCGCGAUGAGCAAGCUGAGAAAACAAGCCGCUGGCUGCAGCAGUGUGGGGUGGAGAAUUUCUGCCAGGGCGAGGAGCGUAUACACCGCUUCACCUGCGAAGUUGACAACUGUGUGAGCAAGCUUGUCGGGGAUAGCAUCAUCGAUGGACCCGUUCUGUGGUCUAGCGAGCUCUACGCCCGAGAUCGCCGUACCCACGAGACAAGCAAACCUGGUAGGGAUCGGGAUCGGGACAACAUGUCAGUCUGGGAUGAUUCGGUCAGUGUCAUCAGCGACCCGGAGAACAGGUUCCGAUCCGCCAGCAGGCCUCCUUCCCUUUCUGACAGGGGAUUACGAGCCGUGUCAGGUCAGAACAUGAGCGUCUUAUCCUUUGACACGUCCAGCCGUUUCAGCUUCUCGCGGGCUAGCACUGCCAUGUCUGAGGUUCUAGACGGCCCGGAGUAUUUUGGUGCCUCAUCACCAGUUCACCAGAUUGACCCCAACGCUACCUACUGGUCCCCAUUCCAACACCGUGCCACCUCUCCCAGCGCUGUGUCAAGAGCCCACUCGCCCACUACUAGCGUUACCAACCUGUCCGCUACGUUCCAUCCACCAAACCAUCAGCCGCUCCCUUCCCAUCACUCAGCGGGUCGUCCAGGGACUUCCAUCUCAUCCAAUGAGACAGUGUACCAACAGCGACUCUCUGAAGAAAAGUCCCGCUUCCUCACAGAGUUGAAGCAGACGUUGACCAGUCUCUUGCUUUCCGAUUUGGGUAACCUUGUCUUUGCCCGUGGUUCAGAAACAGACGCGUGGUUUGAAGGCUUGGGGCAGGAGUGUAUUGACAGGCGUGAAGCAAUCCAGCGCCGUGCCCGCAAGGCGCAGGUCAAGGAAAAGAGGAGGUCGGCCAGAUCUGGACUGGAACGCCGGGUGCUUGAGAGGAAGAGAAGUACAGGAGAUCUUAGCGAGAAGGCCUUAUCCGAUACCCAGAGCGUUGGCAGCCAUCACGGAAGUCAUCAUGGCGGUUCUCAUCGUGGGAGCGUACACGGCGGCAGUGUCCACGGCAACGAGAGCUCGGCAACUAACGAGACCAUUCGAUCCCACCGAGAAUCAAAGAAGGAUUCCAUGCCCGAGUUUCCCUUUACCAAGGCCUACAGGCGGCUCCUGAAUAUGUUUUGUGUUCAUCCGAACCCGAUGGUCAAGCUCAACGCGCUCUAUGAGCUUGAACACCUCAUCAUCGCCUCCUUGAAUUCAGGAUCUCGACGUGCACGCCUGGCGUGGGCUCGAUCAGACAUGGGCUCAGCCUCCUCGGCGACCGACGAGCACGGCACCGGAGGCCGUCCCCAGCCAUUAGAAGAGACACUUGACAAUGUCAAAGAGCGUCGCUCCCACACCAUGAUGCAGGCGCCACCGUUUGACAGCGCACCAAGAGGACGAACCCCAGGUGGAGGGGGUAACAUGGAAACGCGAUCAAUCGCCUCGGUCCACCCAGCCAACGAAAAUGCGAUUGCCAACAUCCUCCAGAUGCUCUUCCGUGACGCCAACAUCCGACCCAAGACCCUCUUCCGCGACCUGCAGUUCAUCGCUGCUUUUGUCCCGUCGUCCAUCUUGGACAAGACGGAGCGUGGGAAGGCCUUUUGGGAUGCCAGUAUUGCGGCACUGAACCUCAAGCAAGAUGUCUGCCGGACCAUGGUGGAAGUGGCGGAUGAUAUAGUCAAGAAUUAUACGCAGUCAAGGGGGGGUGGAUUGGGUGCUCCCUCCCGUUCUGGACCAGGCAGUACCGCGUCGGACAACUCUGGGAUUUUGUCUGCCGGCGGGGAGCCACUUUCGCCACCGUCGCCGCCCCCGAGCCCGCUGCCGCUGUCGACGCAUUCGCUUGCUGAUGCGGCGAGGAUGUGGACUAUUACUGCCAAGGAGGGCAUCCCGACUGCGCAGAGAGAGCUUGCCAUCUUUUACCUGUCCAAUCCGGAGUUGGUAGAGAGGACGACGCUGCCGCUUAGCAAGCCUAGAGAGGUGUUCAAGCAGGCGGUUAUUGAGAAGUAUGGUGGCAGGUCUGGGGGUGGUGGCUCGGGGAGGUAUCACCCUGGGAUUGCCCAGGCAAGGAUGCAAGGCAUGGGCGGUGUUGCGGGUGCAAACAAGGAAGAGGCGCCGGGAGCUGGUUCUGGCGGCGGCGGCGGGGUGGGGGAUGUCAGGAGUGAUCCGGCGCUGAUGUGCCUGGCUAUUCACUGGAUGGAGGCGGCCGAGAGGGGAGGGGAUGAGCUGGCGAGGACGUUUAUGGCGCAGAAUGAGAUGGGGUUGAUGGGCUGA